AUGUACCUGAUCACUGUCUUUGGGAACCUACUCACCAUCCUGGCCGUCAGCUCAGACUCCCACCUCCACACCCCCAUGUCCUUCUUCCUCUCCAACCUGUCCUUUCUAGACAUUUGUUUCACCUCCAUCACCAUUCCAAAGAUGCUGGUGAAUAUACAGACUCAAAACAAAGUCAUUUCCUAUGAAGACUGCCUCACACAGAUACAUUUUUUCCUACUAUUUGCACAGUUGGGUGACUUCCUUCUGACAGUGAUGGCCUAUGACUGCUUCAUAGCCAUCUGCCACCCCCUGCACUACACAGUCAUCAUGAAUCCUCUUUGUGGACUGCUGGUGCUGAUAUCCUGGCUGACCACUGUCUCCUCAUUUUAUUGUACAGUGUUUAGAGUGUAUUUUACCCCUGCUGUUACCCACAGCUCACACUCAAGUGCAGCAGCCUCAAUGAUGUACACUGUGGUCACACCCAUGCUGAACCCCUUCAUCUACAGUCUGAGGAAUAAAGACAUAAAGAGUGCUCUAAGAAAGUUCUUUGGGGUGGCAGUUAUAAAAGGGCCAAUUGUCCUGGGGUGA